AUGAAGUUCAUGUUGUCAUGUUGGAGUGAUACUAUAAGCACUACAAAACACAAUCAAACUACAGGUCGAUGUCUCCGCCGUGCCUUAGACCAUAAAGUACGAAAGCUCCGGACCCUACUGUUAGCUGACGAAGAUAUAUCUAGCGAAUUGGAUAGAGUGGUUUGCAGACUAAUGAAACUAGCCCUGCACACAAGCAAAUACCGCCAAACGCCAGUACCAGCAAGUUGGGUGCAGUGCAAAUUGUUCGAUUUGCUAACUCUAACAGAAAAAGCCAUUGAACGGCGAAGGAAGAAUUACAUACAAGAAUAUAGCAUAAAAGCUAUAGAGAACGGUCAGACUAAUGAUCAAUACGUGAUGGCGUUAGCUAAAGUGAAAAAAGAAAAUGAAAGAGCAGACGAAAUCAUGUUCAAGUACCGACAUUUGGUUAACCCAUCUGAACUCAUACUUGAAGAAAACUUUCAUGUCAGGGAUAAUUCUAGAGGCGAUCUAGACACUGAAGACGACAAUGAAUUUUUUCAAGCUACCGAUACAUACAAAGAUGACGAAAUGUCUGACAUAAUUGAAUUUAAUGAGGGAAAUGAAAGUAACACCGAGAAACCAAAAACGAAAUUAGAUAUAGUACGAGAAUGGAUCGGUGUUAACAAAUCACCUUUAUAUAACAAAGAUAUUGAAGCCCAAAACGUGGUCACAUUUAAAUCGGAUCAUGAGAGCUGUACAUCCGUGAGUGUCGAUAAAAUUGACGGCACUUCCGUGUCUACUUUUGAUUCAGCCCAUAAUUUAAAAUUUGAAAAUAAACAAAUUAAAAACAAAAGACCCGAAACGAAAAUUGCUAAGAAAUCAUCGAAGAAAAAAUUAAAUUAUACAUUUCUUCUUAAAAAUUACUACAUUAAGUUUGGUGACACUAAGUCAAAGAAGAAAUGUAAGGACCACCAGAGGCUUCAGUCAAACGCUAUAGCUCCUAUACCAAGUAGUUUAAUAAGUCUUUGUGAGAAAGCAGAAAAGCAAAUUGAGGAGACAAGCGUAACUCCUAUGCUAGUUGACAGUUAUUCUAGAGAAGUUACAAAAGUAAAUGAGAAUUACAUUAAUAUAGCAGCUACUGAAAACAGUAAUGUUAUUAGUAUCAUCACACAAGAAACUGAGGAAGAAGUCGUUCUUCGACGCUCUAUAGGCACCGAUCCUGACGCUGUUUUCUCAGACCAGGAAGCUGAUCUUGAAACCGUUAUCAAUGUAACCAAACAGGAUAGUCUUAAUGUCUUGAAAGAAAAUGAUAACGAGGAUGCUCAGUCGCAGACAAUAUUUUUAUACGAUAUUAAUGAGCCAAGUACAUCUAAGGGUAUACGCCAUGCCGGUUUAGAUGCACAGUGUGGCCCGGACGAUAUAACUCAUUGCUCCAUGUUGUCAGCGACUACAUCUUUUUCAAAAUUGCCGAAACUAUUUUCAAAGGGUAUCAAGAUAGAACAUUCUAAAUCCACUUUAUACAGUAAGAAAAUGUUUGAUACAGGGACUUCACCGGAUACUACUUUGCCACAUCAUGUUUUCACGGGUAUCCGCAUAAACGAUUCUGAUACUAUGUUAACAGAAAAAUAUAAAACAGAAACGGCAACAAUGACCCUACCAUUACCUAUGUUACCUGGGAAUAAUGUUGAUUUUUUUGGGGAUACAAAUAACAAACCUAUGGAGACUACAUUAAUUAAACCAGCUCCGGCUCAUGUUCAAGCUACCAAACCCCUGUCAGAUUUAUAUGAGGUAAAAUCUCCUAUAGGUUUACUUUCACCUAUAAAUAAAAGUAAUGUUCAAAUCCAGUUUUGCAAAAACGAUAAUAAACAAAGAUCUCCAACACGAAUUAGAUCAAAAUUAAGCUGUGGUGGAAUCUACGUUCAUAGUUUUAAAGAUAAAGAAGUGUCUGAAGAUGUAGUCUUCCAAGGUGGAUGGAAUGAAUUGACUCCCAACGCCUUAACAAAAAAGAACAUUAAAAAAUCGACUACUAAAAAAGCUUAUUACACAUCUAAAAAAGUAAAACGAGGUUCUAAUACUUCUGAUAAGAAUCAUUCCGCUAAGAACGAAUUGAAUAUUGCUUCAAAACGUCCGGUACAAAUAAGAACACAACGACAAACUUUGAAAAAAGAACCAAUAACUAAAAUUCUGCCUUCCGGAAAAUCAGCAGUUCCUAUUAGAAGUAGGCCCAACAAGUUUAAUAGAAAUGAUAGAAAGGUUCCUCCAAAUAUCAGAGAGAGCUAUGCCCCAAAAAAGCCCAUCUCUUAUAGAGAGUAUUUAUUACGAUCUCGGCCGAAUGGAAUACCAAAUAUCGAAAAUUACUUGCCACCAUAUUUGAAAAGAAACAGAAGUCCUUUGGUGGGAAAAAGAUUUUUGUCACAAAGUAUCGAUUCGGUUAGACCGGCAGACAAUAACAUUAUAGCCCCAUUCAUGAGAUCAAAAACUGAAGAGAUAAAACGAGAUGUUGUCAAGCGGGUAAAAGUGAAUUCUCGUAUUUCCAGUAAGUUUGUUAGUUAUCAGGUAUUCCGGAAUGAAAUUGAAAAUAAAAGAAUUGUUGAUAUUGACACUGAUGAUAUGGAUCGAGAAUCUUUAGGAAACAACAGUACCCCAAAGCGUAGCUGUAGCCCGGAGUCUCAGAAUAGUUCAGAUUCGUCGCCAAGCACAGUUCGCGCUGUGUCGUCGAUUUGUAAAGUCAACGAUUCUAAUAAAACAUGUACUACGUCCGCUCAUUAUACCAAACCUACUCCCGAAUUUAAAAGUAAUUUUAGCUCGAAGAUUAAAAAUAUAAUAAAGAAAAGUAAAAAUGAGAAGAAAAUUGAAAAUAAAGAAAAUAUACCUGAGGAUGCUUCUAACAAGGUAAAACGAGGCUUCCUUGGAACAACUAAAAAUAUUUUUAGGGCACAUAUGAACGCAGAAAGCUCGCCGUUACAUUCAGUCCCAUUAAAACUAUCCAAAAGUAGAUCUCAGUUCAAGAAGUCGCCACCAAAACUACCAAAUAUUAAAAGUUCAAGCAAACUAUUAUUACAAUCAACAACAUCUUUGUCGUCCAAAAAAAUAAACAAUGAUGAAUCGUGCAUCGAAAAUAAUGUUGUUCUCAGCAGUCCUACUGAUACAGUGCUAAUAUCGGAUUCUCAUAAAGAUGACGACUUGAAAGUUAAAGUUGUUGAAAUAUCGCUUAACAAUAAUCUUUCUCCGGAACUUAUAAAAUUUCAAAGUUUGGAAAAUUCCAUAAAACUUAUGCUCGAAGAGGAAAUAAAUACCAUUUGUAGUACUCCUAAAAAUAGCCCUAUAAUAGCCCCAUUCGACGAUAACGAUAGUUCCAUCUGCAUUGGAAACGAAACCCUAAGCUACAAUACUUCUUCGCCUUCAAGUUUUAAAACUGUAAUUGAAAAUGAUGUUUCAUCAGAUUUUAAAUUAAAUUUAGAAGAGGCCGUUUACAAUUCGAUAAAUAAUACGCUAAGCAGUACAACCAUAAAUAUAAGGGAUACAGUAAAAACAGAUGUGAAAUCCUUUGAAUCUGUUUGUUCGUCGUCGAAACAUUCUGAAUAUUUCUUAGCAGAUCAGGACUUGUAUGACUUUUCGACGACUCCAGACGACACAAAGAGUUCUUUACAAGGGAUAUUUAAGAGGAAAGAUCUCAAUACUGUGCUGAAUAUUGGCGGCCCUAUUGCCUUGCAAGCGUUCAGCGGUUUUUCAAUGAACGCAGCCUCUCUAGCUGGUGAUCAACCGGAAUAUAUUAGCCUGGUUGAUCCUGAAACUCGUAUAAUGCAAGAAGUUAGCAGACAAGCAGAAUCCGAGGAAAUUCUCAUAUCCGGCAGAUCUUCGGAUACCUAUGAAUCUUGUUAUGUUGAAGAGGACUCAUUUAUUCCCAGUUGGUUGUUCAAUAUAAUCAGUCAUCAGCAAUCUGCCGAAGAAUCUGAAGACGAAGACAAUAAUCUUAUUCCAUUCCCCUUACCUCUUGUGGAGCGAGUCUUUGAUUUGAAUGCUGAUGAAGAGGGCGCUAUAGGUGCCGGCGCGGGCGCAGGUGACGGCAGGGGCAUGCACAGUGACAACUCGCAGGACAGCUCUGGUAGAGGCACAUCGCUUAGCUCAAGCGAAACGUCCACGGACACCCCAAGUGAGGCGAUUUUAGUAGAUCCUUCAGCAUUGGUCGCCCACUAUGAAUACAUACGCGAAACCGUUGAUUCUCCUAACUUGGACAGGCCCACUGAAUCUCCUGACACUUCCUUCAUGACAGCUGAUGCAGAUAACGGCGAUGAGAAUCGACAAAGGAUACGCACUAGGACAGUCGGGAGUGACAUAGACGCUGACGUUAGUUCACUGGACACUGAUGCAGCCGAUUCAGACAUUUAG